AUGGCAGAAAACAGAAUCUAUUUUGAAAUAGAAUAUUCGGAAGAGAAAAAGGAACAACUGAAGGACCAUUUGUAUUUCCAAGCGCUGUCUUCGGCAAUGGCGCUCGUUUCAUCGACCUAUCUUAAGCAGUUUUCGACUUCCAACAGCAUCGGCCAACUGAGCGAGUGGAAGACGAACUCGAAGAUCGAUGCUGGCCAAAACGCAGAAGGCAAUGUACGAGAAGAGCGCGCAGAAGGCGGCGACAGCAAACGGCAUGCCACGGAACAACUCGGUAGUCCCUACUCUCAGCCAGCAGUGGAAACGAUGGACAGAAACGUGAACUCGCCGGUGAAAUUACUGUCGCCGAGACUCCUGUCACUAGUUCCAGAGGGCAAAACCGUAAAGCACGUGUUGUCACCAGACAUCCUCAGCCUCUACGAUGACGGAAACCCGAACAACAUCUUGCCACUACCCCAGCUGCUGCGCAAUUUCGGAAAGAGCGACCAGAGUGCAUGGCUGCGCAUGGUGUUGGAGUUAAGUGGUGUGUUCGAUUCGGUGAUUAAAGCUACUGGCAAUGAUCCAGUAUCCGAACUGCGACGCUUGAAACCGCAUCUAAGCAGCGUUGCCGACAUGCUGGUCGACAAGAAGUCGAAGAGGACAAUUAAGCGAUUUUUCGCUAAGUUAGAUCGUACAUAUACAGACGAACAGAAACGUAAACUGAAUAUGAACGGCUACGUGUUCCUCAACAAACGACAGCUACGUCUAGUAUAUGGCGCCGGAAAUCCGUUCAACAUUACUGACCCCCCUUUUGAUGUCCAAUUGUUCUUGAACGCAAACGAACAAGAGAAGCAACUGCAAAUUGUCCAGUUCAUCCGUUGCAUGGCCUCAGGCGCAUGUCGUCCCCAAUCACGGCGCAAAAGACAAAUUACGCUCGCUCCUCUCCUUCUAACGCCACUGGUCUUCAACCCCGGCCUUGCAUCGCAACCAUUAGUUCUCAGCCCAGCACUUCUGUCGCCAUUAGUUUUCUCGCCAUCUGUCCUCGGUCCGAUCGUUUUAUCGCCCUUAGUAUUGAAUCCACUCAUUCUGUCACCGCGUGUGAUUGGAGGGGCUUACUUGACCCCAUUUGUAUUGUCACCCGCGAUUCUCAGCCCUAUAGUUCUAUUUCCAAUUGUCCUGUCUCCGUUACUUGUAUCUCCCUUAAUCUUGUCGCCGUUUGUUUUAUGUCCAAUUAUUUUAUCACCGAUCGUGGUUACACCGGUGAUUGGAAAUCCCUUGUUUCUGAGCCCAAUUAUAAGGUCACCCAUUCAGACCUCAGCAAUAGUCUUCACGCCGAGACUGCUAAGCCCGUUGGUGAAAUCAAAAAUGAACAGAGUUGUCAUUGCUGCUUCGCCGGCUCUGCUUUCCAGGAAAAGAAGGUCUGAAAUAAACCUUCGAGUGCUGUCUAACCAAUCAUAUCCAUACUCCCUUUAA